GUCGCCGCUGAAUUGGCCGGUGGAGGGAGAGCGAGGCGAGAUUAACCAAGCCGUUAGCGGGGGCCGACGAUAGGUUCGGCUCGUGUAAACACAGCCGCGGGAGACGGCGGCCCCAGGCGACCAUGAACGACCCAGUCGUCGGGCUGCGCGGACGCUCGCUCGUCCGGUGAGGUAGAACGCGAGGGUAAAUUUCCGGAUCGCCGCGCGAGACCGCCGGGGCGCCCGCCGUGGAUGGUAACGCGGUGGACUUGUGAUUUCCAGGUGCCCCGCGGUACCCCGGGGCCUUAUCGGAGCGCGAUGCACCGCGCGAUAAGAGCCGCAGCGUAAUUGGGAAGCCUCGCCGUGACUCAUCUCGCCCGAGAGAUUGGAUCUGGAAUCAUGUAAAACGUGGAGGAGCAGCGUCGUCGCAGCGUAGUUGGUUCGGCCGAGAAAGAGAGCGAGAGAGAAAGAGGCGCAACAAUGGGUUCCAUCGCUCUGGAGGAGUACGAGUUGAUGAAGGACUCGAAGUAUCGGGUCUACGUGUCCGCCGUCGACAAGGCCCUGAAGAGCUUCGAGUACACGAGCGAGUGGGCGGACUUAAUCUCCGCCCUGGGCAAGCUCAACAAGGUGCUGCUGAGCCACAUGAAGUUCCCCGUCAUUCCGAGGAGGAUCAAGAUAUCCAAGAGACUGGCCCAGUGCAUGCACCCGGCGCUACCCUCCGGCGUUCACCUCAAGGCUUUAGAAACGUACGACAUCAUCUUCAAGUGUAUGGGCACCAAUAGGCUCAGCCACGAGCUCUUCAUCUACAGCGCGGGGCUGUUUCCGUUGCUGGGCCACGCCGCUAUGAACGUCAGGCCGUCACUGUUGACGGUGUACGAGACGCACUUUGUGCCGCUCGGCGAGAGGCUGAGGCCGGGACUGAGCGGCUUCCUGAGCGGCGUCCUCCUGGGCCUGGAAGACGGAUCCGAUCACUUCGACAGAACGAACUCCUUACUGGAGAAGGUGUGCGAGGGCGUGGGCGCGGAACACUUUUACGCGUGCCUCUGGGACUGCUUGGCUUCGAACUCCGGCAUUCGGCUGCCCGCGAUAUCGUUUGUCCUAGCGCAUUUCAACAAGAAACUGUCGAUGGAGGAGCAAAGAUACAUUAUGGGCACCAAUACCAAAAUUAUGAUUUCAGCCCUGUGUGCUGGAGUGCAAGACACCUCGGUGUUGGUGCAGAGAAGCGCACUGGAUUUCCUGCUGAUAGGAUUUCCUAUGCACAACAGUCAAUUGACGCACCAGGAUAUGAUAUUGUUAAUAAGAGCCGCCCUAGUUACCAUCUUGCGAAGAGACAUGAGCUUAAACAGGCGUUUGUUCGCUUGGCUGUUGGGCACCGAAGUGAGCACGUCGAUAUUAAAGAAGAAAACCCCUGCGACCGCGGACACUAAAGAGAACGUAACGUACUUCGAUAUGUAUUCGAAGGAAAUGCUAGUCGAAGCGAUAAAGUACCUGCUUAAGGAAGUGUGCGAGGAAAACUCGCAAGAUCUGAAGCCGUACAGGAUACUCGUCUCGCUGCUCGACAAGGUGGACAUUGGGCCGAUAAUUUUGGACGACAUUCUGUACGAAGUGUUCAGGACGUUUUACAACGCGUGCAAGCAGUCCGCGUCGAGUCACGCGCCGAAGGCGAAUGAAGUGGUCAAGUCCGCGAAUCUGUUAUUCUCGACCCUGGAGCCGUCGUACAUCUGGAUACAUUGCGGCCAUCUGUUCGAGAAAGCCUGCGGCACGGGAGCGAGGACGCAGGUCACGAUCGAGGACGUCGCCGUAAGACCGGUCGGCAGUGGAAUGCCGAAUCUCGUGGAAGUGUGCGUGCUAACGGAAUUCCUACUCGAGACCGUGUCGCUGGACGCGUUUAUAGACACGCCGUCCGAGCACCUCCCUGGCUUAUUUUACGAGAUAACCAGCAGGCUCUUGUACCACAGUAGCAUCCUGUCCCCGACGGAGAUCUCGAAGAGCCUGAAAUUGUGCGGCAAGAUCUUGUCGAAGGUGCAGCCGACGAUGAUAACGGCCCAUGCGGACAGGUGUGAGGUAGACGUCAAGUUGGACGCGUCGCUCAACAACAUCACGGUUCCCAGCGAUAAUUCCUUAACGGCGAUCCCUCUGGAGAAGAGUCAGUCGGAUAGUAAACUAAACAAGCCCGACGCGUCCAGCAUCCCCUUCGCGGAGAAGAGCCCGAGUACGAGGAGAAGAGCCAAUUCCGGUGGUGCCGCCAAGAGGAGCGAGAAGAAGUCGAAGAAGAAGGCGAGCAAGAGCACACCCAAGUUGAACGACACGUACACUAUACAGGCUGACGGCAGUGGCAUAUCCGUCGUAGUGAGCGAAGACACGAAACACUUGCCUAGGAAUAAAAGCAUGGACGACAUUAAAGCGAGCUGCGUCGAGACCGAUGGGAUCUCCUCGUCGAAGAAUCAAUCCUCGGACAGCCGUCUGUCCACGUUGAAGCACUUGAAGAACGUCACUCCGAUGGGGUCGACGGGAUCCUUGUGCAGGGGACCAUCUCCGGCGUUUCAGGCGCAGCACUCCAUGUUGGAAAAGUGCCUGCGGCAAUACGAGACAUUUUACGUUAAGUUAAUUAGCAACCGGAUACUCAGCAGGGAGAGAACGGUGCAGGAUAUGUUCGAUCAUUUAGUGGUGUCUUGCCCAAGAAAGAGUUUCGACGAGAGAAUGCGCCAUUUGGAAUACCUGCUGAACUCGAGAUUAAACGUAGACGACUCCGGUUUCUUUAGUCAGGACACAUCCGUGACCGAGAGUACCAAGUGCCUGGAUAUCUUUCGCCUGUUCCUCGAUACGGCGGCGCAGUCGGAGUGGAUCGAGGCCAUGAAAAUAGCGUCCAGCUUGUUCGUCGAACUGUCCACGUUUCCCAAGUACUUUUCGCCCGGCAACGACGUACUCGUGGAGGAGGAGCCCAAGUUCGAGCACGUCCUACCGGAUUGGCUGAAAGUUUUGAUAGUCUGUUCCUGCUGGUUGCAAAAACAGCCCGCGCUACAGUUAACGAGCAUCGCCACGUUACUGGACUUGGUGGCACUGUUGAAGGCGCACAACGACGUCGAGACCCAUCCGAAAAGCGGAGAGGGUAUGACGACGGUUAUCAUCGUACCCUUGUUGAAGCAGUGGCACUUGUCCUACUUGAUGCAAUACACUAAUGUGUUUCAGGUAUUGGCACAUUCCUUGUGGCAUCACUUGGGCGAGCUUCCCGCCCAUAAGUUCAGGAUGCGUUGCGUAGAACUGUUGCACGAAUUGCAUCACGCUCUAUACGAUUCCUGCGACGCGGUCGAGGACCUGGUAGGAUCCGCGCUCACCUCCGAGAAUCCCGAAAAGAGGAUCGAGGCAUUCGGUAGAUUCGCCACUCUGUGGCACUUGGGGCGAGAAAUCGAGACGAAUCCGAGGUUGCGCGGCUGCCUCCGAACUUUCGACCAAUCCCUGUUGAAAAUGCUGGACAAUCUUCAGCUUGCGGACAAUUCGCCGUUAAAGCUGCAGGCGCAGUCGUGGCUGUUACAUUCCUUGAUGCGCGGCGACAUAUCGCGCGUAAUAGAUCCCCUGCUGACAAUACUACUGGAUCCAUCCACGUGCCGUAUGAGCGUCCUUCACGUGAGCAUACAGCACAGUAAUACCGUCCUAACGAAGAACGACCCCGUGGAGGAGAAGUCGGAGGUCCAGGACGACACGGAGGGCGCGGCGAAGAUCUACGCGAUCAGCUCGGUCGACGGCAACGUGAUAUAUCACGUGAGCGACAACGUCGACGAGGACAAAAAGUGGAAGAAGGGUAAGAAGAAGAAGCAGGCGAUCAAUCCUGUCAAGAUAAAGCGGAUUUUCGCGGUGACGACAUUGGCGACCGGCGACAAUUGCAAUCACUAUGUCACGGAGAGGAAUCAGUUUAUGAAGGAACUCGAGGUACCGCCCAGUAUAUCCGGCAACAGGAAGAUCUCCGUGUUCGUGAAUCCUCUCUCGAUCAACUGCAACGAGAAUUCCAACGAUUCUUUAACGGAGGACGACUCGCUGCCUGGUAUGCGUAAGGGGAACCUGACGACCGAGCUGCUGAAGAACGCCACCCGUUUCAAGAAAAUUGACUUCGACAAAGGCUCCACUGCCAGUUUAGACGAGAGUCUUUUCGAGUCGGCCAAUUCCAGCCUGAAGGCGAAGGACAAGAGUAGCUACAAGAAGCUGAACGACGACGUCGACUCGUCAUCGGAUUCCAUAACGAACAGCUUGGACUCGAGCAGUCCCGAAGUAACCAACAAGCAGUCGAAGCAGAAGAAGGAAACUGUCAUAAUGCCGGGCAGCUCCAGGGAGGUGGCGGGCACGAUCAUGAAGGGCAGGUAUUACAGCACGAACGAGUUCAGCGCGAAUUACGAUCACGACAUCGGCAGUUUCGAGGCGAGCGCGGAGGUGCCGAGCUGGACGAUGGACGACGACGACGGCGAGCUGGACGCCAGCACCACCGCGGAGGAGUACUUUAGCAACUCCAGCGCCAGCAUAGUCGAGGAGAUUCUCAACGAGGUGCUCGAACGCGUGAUGCAGUUGUGCGACAUCGCCGAACCACCCAAGAGCGAGGAAGUGCCGCAGCACAACGCGAAAACCAAUCGAAACGUCGGCCUGGGUGUUCACAACCUUCACUCCCACAUGCUGCUCUACUGCGGGGUGUACGACUCGGCCAGGACGCUCUACGCUCUGCGCACCCUGAGGAACGAACUGUUGACGAACAUGCGAAUGUUCCUCUGCUGCGCGGCGACGACCGGCGUGACGAACGCGACGAAGAACACAGUGUUGUUGAACUUGUUGGCGAGGCAUAGGAAAAGUGUUUUCGGCCGGAACUUUCACGGUGACAUAGCUAACACGGAAUUCAUAGCGGCUUACAGGAGUAGCAUGUACCUGGAAGUGUUGAUAAGCGUAUGCCUGUACUUCGCGAGAAGCUACUACCCAAAUCUGGGGCAGAUGAGACUCACGUACGAAGAGAUCGCGGGUAAUCGUCAGGUGCAACUUGCGAGCGCGGAAUUACUGACGCUAAUAUUUUCCGAGUUAAUCCCGAUCGUCCGCGACUCUGGGAAGGGCUUCAGUUGUUACAUAGUUGAUUUGCUAACUAAAUGUAAAGUACAAAAGGUUGCUCUGCACUGUCUUGUGUCCAGUGUUAUGAGCAUGAAGAACGCCCACAAGGAGAACGAGGAUGUUUCCACGUUUACUGAAGAAAUCGUAUUGUUUAAUGAUCCGUUUAUCGACAGUGACGUUAACAAAUGUAAAUAUAGGGCGAGCGAUCACACGGAAGCGUUCCAGAUACAAUUGUUGCGAUUAUUGUUGUCGUUGAUUAUGUUGGAGCAUCAGUGCAGUAGUCAAAAAGGAGAAGAAAUUAAUCCAACGACGUCGCCCAUACCGAGUUCGCCGACACGGGCGUCAAACUUGAUCGGCAACAGUUUGAAAUACGUCUCUGGAGCUGCAAUACCGCAGCAACCGAUGUUCCUCGCUAGUAUUCUUAGCGCCCUGCAACUCGAUCACAUGAGACAUCUUCAUCAACAUUGGACCACUCUCGUUACGUCCAGUCUGCCUUUCAUGGGACCGUCUUUAACAUCCGUUGUAACAUCGGUUAUUCAUCAACUGUGCAACAAUAUUGAGCACCUAGCGUCGUAUUACAUCAGCGAGGAAGCGACGUUGACAUCAAAAUUACAGGAUAUAAGCACAGUGGAGUGCUGCUUGCCCGCAGAUUACACCGUGACGCAUUUGGAGGCUUUGACAUACUUGCUGCACUACUGUCUGUUGGACACCUCCCAGCAGAUUGGAUUCUCGUUUAAUCAGCCAUUAAGUGGCACGAUACAGACGGGAAUUCCCGGUGCUAAUCCCGGGCAGAUAUUCAACAAUCUUAUACACGUCUUUAUGCCCAGCCCACUUUCUCCGGAUUUGUGCACGGCGAAGGAUAAAACUGGCGCGAACGAGCUGCAGCAACACGCCAGAAGAACAGCAUUAAGCCAUUUGCCUAGAAUAAUAGCAUCAUUGUCUGCCCUGUGGCAAGCGGUUCUGGCAACAAAAGACAACGAACAAGCCAGUUGCGUGGUGGGUAGUCCAAGAAUAGUUAAAUAUCAAUUACUGGAACUACUGUCUCCAAUCUCUUUUCACCACGGAGCCAACUUCUUGGCUGCGGUUGCGGUUGCCUGGCACGAGAGGCGCCAGACAUCCGCUGCGUCAAAAAAGAUACUUCCAGAAGCCUGCCCUAACCAGCAAGUAAUGGUCCACCUUGUCAGUGCGAUUCGAGUUAUGCCCAUUGACACGUUGGUGCACACCGUGCACCAAGUAGUGAAAACGCCACCGCCGAUACACGGAAUCAAGCAAGAUUUCUCAUUGGAAGUCUCGGUGCUAGAAUUACUUUAUGUCUACAUGCAGAGUAACACGUCGCAGUCGCUCAUCGAGUCCUGGGCGUCGUUGCUCAGUUUAUUGAAGGACGGUCUAUCGCUAACGGCACCUGCCCAAUUUCUCUUGUUGGCUAUACUGAACGAGUAUGUACAAAAGUGCCCACCUAUGCAAGAGAAGAAAGAUAUCAAGGACUUGCAAGACGUGUCUGCGAAGUUGAUCGAAUCGUGUUCGCAAAUAGCCGGUGCCUGUUUAGAGCAAACCACAUGGCUGAGAAGAAACUUGGCCGUCCGAGAGGACGUCUUUGAGGUGGUGGAAGGCUCCUCGGAAGGUAAAGAGGGAAAGAAUGGUGCUGUAACACCCGGAACCCCGCCUAACGCGGCAUACAGCGUUCAAGCGCAAGCGGUAUUAGCGGAGAUACUCGCGCCAUUGCUGGACGUUAGUUACGGCUCGCAAGAGAAGGAGCGCGUGGUAACGCUCCUGACAAAUCUCAUGUACAACGUUACGCCUUACCUAAAGAAUCACACGAUAAAAAAUAUCGCCUCGUUCACCGCUUGCUCUCAACUAUUGGCUUCCUUAUCGGGAUAUCAGUACACGAGAAAGGCUUGGCGCAAGGACGUGUUAGAUUUGUUACUCGACUCGGCCUUCUUCCAAAUGAUACCGGCCUGCCUGCCGUAUUGGAGAACCAUAAUAGACAAUUUGAUGACGCACGACAAUACUACCUUCAGAGAUUUAAUGAAUCGCGUCUCCAUGGCUCAAGGCAGCGGAAUCAGUAUAUUUUCUUCGAAAGAGCAGGAGUACGAGCAGAAAGCGCAGCUCUUGAAACGCCUGGCGUUUGUAAUUCUCUGCAGCGAAAUGGAUCAGUAUCACAAAUAUAUGCCGGAGAUACAGGAGCGCUUAGCAGACAGUUUACGCCUACCCCAAGUGAUCCCGUCUAUUCAGGCGCAAGUGUUUCUCUGUUUUCGCGUACUGCUGUUGAGAAUGUCGCCACAACACGCGACAUCCUUGUGGCCGGUCAUAGUUAGCGAGCUCGUUCAAGUAUUCCUCUACAUCGAGCAGGAAUUGAGUACGGACAGUGAAGAGUUCAGUCGUCAUAGCAGCUCGCACAUCAAACUCUUGUCGGCUCUGGACUCGUCGUGGGCCGUCAACGCCAGCAACGGGCUUCAGGCACACGGGCAUCCUCACUGGUUGCAACUGCAGCUGGCUGCCGCCAAGCUGCUGGAUCUCGCGUUGCUGCUGCCCGCGCACAGAUUACCGCAGUUUCAGAUGUAUAAGUGGGCGUUCGUCGGAGACGCAGCGGCAAGCUGCAUGGACAACAAUAAUUUAUCCUCCGAUUUUGUGCCGCACAUCACGAGAAUAGCGAAAUUGAUGGACAGUAAGUUCAAACCCGAAGGUCCGCCGCCCAAAAGGAAUCCGGGCGAGCUUCUACUAACGUCGAAUAACGUUCGCUCUUUGCAAGAUCUGCAUCAUUUCUUCUCGAGCCUUAGCCGCGCCACAUGCGACACUUACGUGCCGAUAAAUAACACGCAACUAGAGACUGUAAUCGAGCAGGACUUCCUCGAGAAAAUGCCUGCCGUGCCAGCGAGAUAGUAAGGAUGAUAUGGUAAAGCUGUUUAAAUAAUAUUCGUUCGUCAAUCGGGAAGAAAUAUGUCGUUGAGACGCUUUAUCCUUUGAUAUAAAUAUUUAUAAAAAAUAUAUAUACACACGGUAUCAAGAAAAUUCGCCGCACUUAAGUCUAUACGUAAAUAAUACAUUGUAUAAAUGUGACACAAUUAGAAUACAGGCAUCCAGAAAACCGCUUCUGUUCUCUGCCAUCAAAUGUCUCGAGGCGUUAAAGAAUUUACUCUGCAUCAAUGAAAAGUACGAUAAACCUGAGGACAAACGAGAAACGAAUUUUAGUCGUACGAGAUAGAAGAAAGGAUUGAUAUGUCGAGAGCUAUUAAUUCCUUCGUGGACAAAUCGAUCGUGAACGAAGCGGGGAGAUUUCUUUCAUAUUUAAAAGUCGGGAAUAAAUCUGGGGCGCAUAAAAUGAACAUUUUCCGUUACUGGUUUUCACUUUAUUAAGCUUUCGACUUGUCUCCUCAUUCGGUUGUGAAUAGUUAUCAGCGUGUACAAUACGGCAAGCUAAACUCGCUCGUUGGCCUGCUGUUGUAAGAUUGUAUAGAGCGUGUACAGUGUAACAUAAUAUUUAUACGGAACAAGGUCUUCCCACACUAUUUUCCGACAUACACACACCCGCCGAUAGUUUCAUUUCUCUUUCUUUAACUUCGCAUAUUGUCGUUCAAUUUAAGUGACAGGCCGCCAGGAGGUUUCUCCACAAAUCCGAAUAGCAAACUCCACGCUGAAGUGCGGGCAAUGGAAAGACGGAUAAACGGGGAGAUAAAAGAUUCAAUUAAUGCCUCGCUUGCGAUACGAAAUGUGCGGAUGUUGAUUGUAGGACGUGGAAGUUCAUGAGGUUUCGCAGUGAGACUCCGAGCGGGCGGAAUAACGACACGGUAGGACGGACCAGUUAUGUUUUCGAUUAUGUACGCGCUAUCGAAGCAACCCGCUCGCUUUUGUACUCUUCGGACUACCCGAUCGGAAUGGCACACCGCGAGGACUAGACUGAACUUCCACCUUAGUUGUCUAACAUACAGUUAUCGUUAUUGCCGAACGAUUCUUUAUUUUAACAAACGGACUUUGCUAUGUGAACCGAUAAAUCGAUAUUACAUAAUGCAGUAUAAUCUUUACACGCCGUAUAAAUAACACGUGCUUGAAAUAAGACGUUAUAUUUUUAUGAGAAAUUAGUUUAACAUACGAAAGAAAAUACCAAGAAUAUCUACUUUAAUCCGCACGGGGCACGCCCGUGCAAGCUUCUGCACACAAUUAGGAAGUAAGUAAAAACUCGAAGAUAAUAUUUGGGGUAUGUAACGAAAAAAUAUACGUUGUCUACUUUGCUCAAUAAAAGUUUUAAAGUUGUACCAGGCGUCCGUUAGGACGCACAUUGCUACUACCUUUUGCAAAUGAA